UCGUAAAAACUCUCACAACUACGGUGGGCAUCUACUUGUUACCCAUCUUAUGGUCUACUUGUCCGUUGUGAUCUGCCAUAGGCAGUAUGGAAGUCUUCCAGCAGUCGUAAAAACUCUCACAACUACGGCAGUAUGGGAGUCUUCCAGCAGUCCCGAGAAGGGUAAAACUCACAUAACUACGUUGGGCAUCUAUUGGUUGCCAUCUUAUGGUCUACUUAAACAUCGAUUGCGCAAUGAGGAUAUUAAUUACUUCUGGAAUAGAAUCGAACAACAACGUCUAGAGUCAGAGAGAGCUACGCGAACAAUACGAUGCCAUGUCAAUAUAAGAAGUAAGACACAAGAUAUGAUGGAGAACAUGGCCGAUGAAACAAUAGAAGAAGCCGAGAUUGCUCGCAAGCGAUUACAUUCCGAGUUCUCGAGACAUAAACAAAAUGAGGAAGGAUUCUCAACCCCACCAAAUAAGAUUAGAACCUCCAAUAGAAUGUUCUCGAAUGAAGGCCCAUCCACAAUAAGAGAUCCGAAAAUGAUGUCGGGAAUUUUUGAUGAAAAUAUUGCGUCGGAUAUGAAAGAGAAAGUUCAACGAUCUACCUCACCUUUUCUGUCGAAAAAACGUGCGUGCAACACACAGCAAGAAGAUGAAAAAGGUAUUACAGUUGAUGAUUUGGCGAAUUCAGUGAUCGAUGCCUCCAACACUUUCGGUCAAGUUGAAUUUCCGUCAUAUUAUAGUAAACUCAAAUCUAUCUGGGACAAGAAAGAUGCUACAAACUAUCAUGUUAUCGAUUUAGGGGAUAAAGAUACAUUGUAUAAUGUUCAUAAACUUUUAGAUGAGGAUGAGUUGAAAUCGUUGUUUAAGAGAUUAGUGUUGGAUGAUGAGGAUAUGCACAUAGAUGAAAAGACACAUAAAUAUAUAGAGCUGUUUGAUCAGAUUAUAGAGGAUGAGAACUUGGAAGAUAUUUUUGAUGACGUAUUUGUGGAUGAAAUAGCUGGAAAUGAUCUUGUAGAUGAAAAUAAUGAAGAGACGAAAAGUGUGGAAGGAGACAACGAAAAGUUUAACAAAACAAUUGCUAAAAUGAAGGAAAUAGUGCAUCAAUUGGAUGGCUUAUCCGAAAAAUAUCACUACCUAUCCAACACUUUACCUAUAUCAGCACAAUAUUACAAUCAAUCUAAAAUGCCUGAUAUGUUUAUUGUUAAGAAUGUCUCAAGUCAUCUUGAUAAUAUCACAAGGAUGAAUGGUGCUAUGAAAAACACCCCUGAGCGUACAUGGACAGCGCACCGAACUAUUUCUACAAAAAUGGAUGUUCAAGAAAAUAAUUUUAAAGCUGAUGGUGUACUGGAGUUUUUUGAGCGACCCAUGCAAAUUCCAUUGUUUUUGCUCGAGGUAUCGGAAGGCCCCAAUAAUCCGGACCCAGAUAAAAUUAAUGAAGAUAGGGAGAAGUUGAUGAACGAGGGAGUCUUUGCCAUCAAUAAGUUUAUGACAAAAACGGGACUGCCAACGUGGGAAGUAUGUAGUACAUUGAAGAUUUUCUUGGCUCAAGGAUUUGGUGAUAAUGUGGAAAUUGGUCAAAUGAUAUUUAUUGGGCCUGGAUUGUACUUGUUCUCACCAUUUACGAUUCCAGCUCUCGUCAUCUCAACUUCUACUGAUAACUUAGAACAUGUACCUCGACUUAUCCGAACACUCUUAUGUUUACGAUAUAAUGUUCUUAAGGAGGUUAAGAUGUUUGAGAAGUUUAAAAAGGAAGGACAACGACGUAUCGCAAAGCCUAAAACCAAGUAUCCAACUGGUGUUACACCAGAACGGCCAAAAGCUAUCCCACUUACCCAAAAUGGAUUUUAUGUGCCCGAUAUAUUCGAUUGA